AUGGCUUUUCUUCGGCUUCUUGUUCAGCUAUUCAUUUCCUUCAUUUUCUUGCAAACCAAACAGUGUUUCUCUUCAAAACAAUCACCAAUAUUAUUACCUCUAAGAACCCAAACCCACCAUCAUAUCUCAACACGAAGACUCUUCUCCACCAGUACUUCAAAAUCCACAGCCAAGAUCUUAUUUCAUCACAAUGUUACCCUCACUGCCUCUCUCACCAUUGGUACGCCCCCACAAAACAUUACAAUGGUUCUUGACACAGGCAGUGAGCUUUCCUGGCUCCAUUGCAAAAAUGAACCAAACUUCACAUCAAUUUUUAAUCCUCUCGCCUCCAAAACAUACACGAAAAUCCCCUGCUCUUCAGUAACCUGCAAGACCCGAACCCGUGACCUAACCCUACCCGUUACCUGUGACUCGGCCAACCUCUGCCACUUCGUCCUCUCCUACGCUGAUUCCUCCUCUGUCGAAGGCAACCUCGCAUUUGAAACUUUCAGGGUCGGAUCGUUGGUUGGACCCACUACUGUUUUCGGGUGCAUGGAUUCGGGUUCUAUAUCCAAUUCAGAGGAAGAUGCAAAGACAACCGGGUUAAUGGGCAUGAACCGUGGGUCAUUAUCAUUUGUGAACCAGAUGGGGUUUAGAAAAUUUUCGUUUUGCAUAUCGGGUCUUGACUCGACCGGUAUAUUGAUUCUCGGGGAAGCCAAAUACUCGUGGCUUAAACCCUUAAAUUACACUCCUUUGGUUCAAAUGUCGACCCCAUUACCCUAUUUUGAUCGGGUCGCUUACUCGGUUCAGCUUGAGGGAAUAAAGGUAAACAACCAAGUUUUGCGUUUGCCCAAAUCUGUGUUUGUACCGGACCACACCGGGGCAGGUCAAACCAUGGUCGACUCGGGUACCCAAUUCACGUUUUUAUUGGGUCCGGUUUAUACUGCUUUAAGAGAAGAAUUUCUGUUGCAAACUAGAGGGGUUUUAAGAGUUUUAAAUGAACCCCAUUACGUGUUUCAAGGAGCAAUGGAUCUCUGUUAUUUGAUUGACUCAACUUGGGCUACUUUGCCAAAUUUACCGGUUGUUAAGUUAAUGUUUCGGGGAGCCGAGAUGAGUGUAUCGGGUGAAAGGUUGUUGUAUCGGGUUCCUGGUGAAGUUAGAGGGAAGGAUUCAGUGUGGUGCUUUACAUUUGGAAACUCUGACAAGUUGGGAAUUGAAUCAUUUUUGAUUGGUCACCAUCAACAGCAAAAUGUUUGGAUGGAGUAUGAUCUUGAAAAUUCUAGGAUUGGAUUUGCCGAGGUUAGGUGUGAUCUUGCUAGUCAACGGCUUGGCUAUUGA